AGGCCGGCGAGGAGAAGUGGGCGAACUACGUCGCGGGCGUGGUGAGCGAGCUGGCCAAGCUGGGGCUGCACGUCACUGGCUUCGACGCCUACCUGACGUCGGACAUCCCGCAAGGCGCGGGCAUGUCCAGCUCCGCCGCCGUGGAGAUGGCGACCGCCAAGCUGCUCGCCAGCCUGUUCCCGUCCACGGUCGGGAAGCUCGCCGACAUGGAUAUUAUCCAGGUGGCGAAGGCGGCCGAGAACAACUUCGUCGGCAUGGGUUGUGGCAUCCUGGACCAGUUCACUUCCGGCAAAGGCAGGGCUGGCCACGUGGUGUUUCUGGACUGCCGCACGCUGUACUUCAAGUUCGCUCCCUUCAAGGGCGCGCAGUUCGUGCUCGCGAACACCAAUGCGCCGCACCAGCUGGUGGACGGGAAGUACAACGAGCUCCGGCAGCACUGCUUCGCGGUGGCCAGCGCCAUCAAGAGGGAGACCGGCAGCAGCAAGAUCACCCACCUGAGAGACGUCAGCUCCGACCUGCUCGCCGAGCAUGCGGACAAGCUGUCGGACGCGCAGAGGCGGAGGGCGAAGCACAUCGUGACCGAGAACGAGCGCGUCCACAGCGCGAUUGCCGCCCUCAAGGCUGGCGACCUGGCGGGCAUCGGCCAGAUGCUGAAGGACUCGCACUUGUCAAGCCGUGACGACUUCGGGAACUCGUGCAAGGAGCUCGACGUCAUGGCCGAGUGCGCCGAGGGGAUCGAGGGAUUCCUGGGCGCGCGCCUCAUGGGCGGCGGCUUCGGGGGUGCCACGCUGAACCUCGUGAGGGAGGGCCACGCAGAGGCGUUCGCCGCCGAGCUCGCCAGGCGGUACCAGGCCCGCACGGGGCGCAGAGCGGACACCGUGGUCUUCGUGCCGGGGAACGGCGCGUUCAGCGUGAAGGCGGACUGAGUGGGCGCGCGCCGUGUAUAAGUCUUUCACCGGGCAGCUGAGGGGCAAGGAGCGAAGGGUGGG